AUGAAAAAUAUUAAAAAAAAUCAAGUAAUAAAUUUAGGACCUAAUUCUAAAUUAUUAAAAGAAUAUAAAUCACAAUUAAUUGAAUUAAAUAUUGAACAAUUUGAAGCAGGUAUUGGUUUAAUUUUAGGAGAUGCUUAUAUUCGUAGUCGUGAUGAAGGUAAACUAUAUUGUAUGCAAUUUGAGUGAAAAAAUAAGGCAUACAUGGAUCAUGUAUGUUUAUUAUAUGAUCAAUGAGUAUUAUCACCUCCUCAUAAAAAAGAAAGAGUUAAUCAUUUAGGUAAUUUAGUAAUUACCUGAGGAGCUCAAACUUUUAAACAUCAAGCUUUUAAUAAAUUAGCUAACUUAUUUAUUGUAAAUAAUAAAAAACUUAUUCCUAAUAAUUUAGUUGAAAAUUAUUUAACACCUAUAAGUUUAGCAUAUUGAUUUAUAGAUGAUGGAGGUAAAUGAGAUUAUAAUAAAAAUUCUCUUAAUAAAAGUAUUGUAUUAAAUACACAAAGUUUUACUUUUGAAGAAGUAGAAUAUUUAGUUAAAGGUUUAAGAAAUAAAUUUCAAUUAAAUUGUUAUGUUAAAAUUAAUAAAAAUAAACCAAUUAUUUAUAUUGAUUCUAUAAGUUAUUUAAUUUUUUAUAAUUUAAUUAAACCUUAUUUAAUUCCUCAAAUGAUAUAUAAAUUACCUAAUACUAUUUCAUCCGAAACUUUUUUAAAAUAA